GUAAAGAUGGCAACAAAAUCACUACGGUUAUUGCCACUCCAGGCCAGGGUUCGGACAGACCGCAGGAGGUCUCUUAUAUGGACACAAAAGUCAUUGGUAAUGGCAGUUUCGGUGUUGUAUUCCAAGCAAAGCUGUGUGAAACAGGGGAACUCGUUGCCAUCAAGAAGGUGCUUCAAGAUAAACGAUUUAAGAACCGUGAAUUGCAGAUAAUGAGAAGACUAGAACACUGUAAUAUAGUCAAACUGAAAUAUUUCUUCUAUUCCAGUGGUGACAAAAAAGAAGAGGUGUUUUUGAAUCUAGUGUUAGAGUUUAUCCCAGAGACAGUAUAUAAAGUAGCAAGGCAUCACAGCAAACAGAAGCAGACGAUACCAAUCAGCUAUGUUAAGUUGUAUAUGUACCAGUUGUUCCGGAGCCUAGCCUACAUACACUCUUUGGGGGUAUGUCAUAGAGACAUCAAGCCCCAGAACCUUCUUUUAGAUCCAGAGACAGGCGUUCUCAAGCUCUGUGAUUUUGGGAGUGCCAAACAUUUGGUGCGAGGGGAGCCCAAUGUAUCAUACAUAUGCUCCCGUUAUUACAGGGCUCCAGAACUCAUAUUUGGGGCCACUGAUUACACGACUAAUAUAGAUGUAUGGAGUGCCGGCUGCGUCUUAGCAGAACUGUUAUUAGGGCAACCCAUCUUCCCAGGGGAUUCAGGAGUGGAUCAGUUAGUAGAAAUAAUUAAAGUCCUUGGCACGCCGACCCGCGAGCAGAUUAGAGAGAUGAAUCCAAACUAUACCGAGUUCAAGUUCCCUCAGAUCAAAUCACAUCCUUGGCAGAAGGCAUUGAUGUCACGCAUGGCUGAUUCAACCAGCAAUGAUAAAAAUCAUCAGAAGAUUAGAUUAUUCAUGUCAGAGCAUUACUCUAGUCGUGCUGGCUCUCAUGGAUUAGCUAGUCUUAAGAUUACUGACAGCAAUUUAGAGGAUCUUGCAGGUGUCCAAGUGGAGGGACCAUUCCAAAGGAAAGGUAUGAUGGGCCUUGUGUAG